GAAAUGUGUGGACGGAAGCAUGCCAAGUGAACGAGGUCUCUGCCUUGCUCGUCAUUGACUUGACCCCGGCUCACUCUUUCCGCGAACGAGAUACGGAGGAGGCGAGAAGGAAAGUCAAACCCCUCUUCCUUCUUUGCCGUGCCUGAUCCGAGCAGAGGAAAGAGGAAACCGAGGUUGUGCAAUGGCGAGCGCUUUCCUCUCUUCCAUCCUAUCAAAAACCAGCCAAGUACUGGGCUUUGCUCAGAGAUCGGCAGUCUUGCCGUCUUCAUCAUCGGAUCCACGCAGCAGCGUCCUGAAAGAGCUGAAGAAGCUGGAGAGAACAUUAAAGAGGAUCCAAGCAGUGCUCCAUGACGCGCAGGAGAGGGAGAUACGAGAGGAAUCCGUCAAGCUCUGGCUGAAGGAGCUUAAAGCAGUGGCUUAUGAAGCAGAUGACGUGCUGGACGAGUACCAGUACGAGGUACUGCGAGCCCAAGUGGAAGGCCGAGCUUCCCUCAAUGGGAAGCGAGGGGUAGGGGACGACCAGGAAGAGGUUUCAAUUCCGGACGGCAUGGGGGAUAGAAUCAGGGACAUCAGGGAGAGGUUCGAUGAGAUCUCUCAGGAUCGGGAACGCCUCCGUUUAAGAGAGGAAGAUGGAAAGCGACGGGUCCUCGAAGCUCCAUACCCCGCACCAACCAGCCACAUGAUGGAUGAGUCGAGUAUUUAUGGAAGGGAAGACGACAAGCAGAAAGUAAUUGAUUUGCUGUUUUCCGAGGGUGGGGAAAAUGAUGUCUCCGUCAUUCCGAUUGUUGGCAUGGGGGGACUGGGAAAAACCACCAUCGCCCAGCUGGUCUACAACGACCCCAAGAUACUCUUAAGAAAGUGGCGAGGGUGCAGAGAGUGUUGCUCGUGCUCGACGACGUCUGGAAUGAUCAGCAAAGCCGUUGGGAGUCCCUAAGAAGCCCCUUCGUUGGUGCAAAAAUGGUCAGAAUUAUCAUGACCUGUAGGAAUGAUUCGAUCGCUGAGAUCAUGCAGACAGUGUGUCCUUAUCAUCCUGGCUGCUUGUCUCCAGAGCAGUCUUGGUCAUUAUUCAGACAUUAUGCAUUCGGUGGUCGAGACCCUAAAGAACAACCACGCUUGGCGGAUAUGGGUAAGCAGAUUGUCAGGAAGUGUUCCGGUUUACCAUUGGCUGUGAAGACAAUAGGAAGCCUUCUGAGAUACACGGCAGAUGAAGAUAGCUGGAUGGAUGUCAUACAAAGUGAUAUAUGGGAAGUCGACGAGAAUAUUAAUGAGAUUUUGCCAGCUCUUAGAUUAAGCUAUAGCCGCAUGCCAGCACAUCUAAAACCUUGUUUCGUUUAUUGUUCUAUGUUUCCAAAGGAUUAUGAGUUUGACAAAGAUGAAUUAGUCCGAUUGUGGAUGGCGCAAGGUUACAUCCAAACAUCUCGAGGUACAAGAAGACUGGAAGACAUUGGCAAUGAAUACUUCAUUGACUUACAGAGAAGAUCGUUCUUCGAUUCUCAUUGGUCUAAUUUUAAGAUGCAUGAUAUGAUACAUGAUCUAGCGAAAUCUAUUGCAGGAAAUGAGUGCUGGGCAAUUGUGGAUAAGAAGCUACCUGGUGUCCCCGAUGAGGUUCGCCAUUUAUUCACGAAUGAUGCAGAGGAAUUUGUGAAAUCACUACACUCGUAUAAUUUCAGCACCUUACGGAGCUUGUUAAUAUGGCAUCCUUCGUCUGGAUUUCCAACAGUAAUUUCAGAAAUAAUCAAGAAUCUGCCGCUACUACAGACUCUACAGUUUUGUUGGGAAAGAAAAGAUGAGAUCCCAGAUUUACUCGAUAAUCUGAAGCACCUGUGCUACUUACGAAUCACAUCCAACAAAAUUGAGAAGCUCUCUAAAUCAAUAUGCCUCCUUUAUCACCUACAGAUAUUGGUACUUGAUUGCGAGAAUCUUGCAGAGUUACCAAAUGGCCUAGGCAACCUUACCAACCUACGAAACUUGCAUAUCACAUCCAAGAAAAUUGACAAGUUGCCUAAAUCAAUAUACCUCCUUUAUCACCUACAGACAUUGGUACUUGAUGGUUGGAAUCUUGCAGAGUUACCAGAUAGCCUAGGCAACCUUACCAACCUACGAUACUUACGUAUCACAUCCGACAAUAUUAGGAAGGUCCCUGAAUCAGUAUGCCUCCUUUAUCAUCUACAGACAUUGGUACUUGAUGGUUGGAAUCUUGCAGAGUUACCAGAUAGCCUAGGCAACCUUACCAACCUACGAUACUUUGAACUACACACAUAUUGUAUUAAAAGGCUGCCUGGAACAGUUUGUCAGCUCCGCAAUCUACAGAUGUUGGUUAUUGAAGGGUGCACAAGGCUUCAAGAGUUUCCCAGUGGCAUAGGAAGCCUUACUAGCCUCCACCACCUACAAAUUGCGAACCGGCAAAUUCUCUGCUUGCCAGCUGGGAUCGGAAAACUAACAAAUCUUCGGAGCUUUCUUGGAUGUUAUAAGGUGCAAGGUGGGAUAGGAGGAGUGCUAAAGGGCUUGGUGAACCUCCAAACUCUCAUCAUCUCAGGGCUCAGGAACGUGGUCAACAUAGAGGAUGCCAGGGAUGCCGGUCUUAAACAUAAGCAUAAACUUAAGGAGUUGUUUCUAUAUUGGAAUGCGAUCGAUUGCAAAAAUGAUCCACAUCAUGACAAAUUACUACAUCUAGAAGCUUUUUCAGAGGAAAAUAAGGAUGUCCCAAUGGAUGAAAAAAGGGAGGAAGCCAUGCUCGAGUAUCUCCAACCUCACGCCAACCUCCAAAUUUUGUCUAUACAAGGGUAUGGUGGUUCCAAGUUUCCAGAAUGGGUAGAAGAUCCUUUCUGGGUAGAAGAUCCUUUCUCCUUUGCAUCACUUAAAGAAAUCACUGUAAGGAAUUGUGAAAAAAUAAGAUCUCUUGCUCUAUACAUUCAUGACUCUCUUGGAAAUCUGGACGCACCCAUAUCAAAAUCCAUGCUUAAGAGGAGGAAGGACUGCUGCCCAAUGCUCGAUAUUUGCAUAUCGAGGAGUGCCAGCAAUUGA